AUGGCCAUGUCAGGACGUCGCCUCGUGACAUCCCUGCGCUCCCUUUUGCUGGGCGUGGUGGAGCUGGACAUUGGCGGGCAGCAGUACACAGUGGCGAGGAAAACGUUGCAGAAGAGCCCCAAGCUGAACGAGCUGCUCUUUCAGGCACCCUCUUCAGAAGAGCUUUUCCUCGAUCGUGAUGGCUCACUGUUCAAGUUUAUCCUGGAGUACCUGCAGGAUGAGUCUCGCUUCCACAUGCCCGCGGACCCGUACCUUUGCUUGGCCCUGCGACUGGAGGCGGUGUACUUCGGCCUCCCCAGUCUCAAAAGCCGGGCCGAGAUGGUCUUGGCUCAGCUCUCCAGGGACAGAGGGUCUUCUCAGAGGUCGACUCCGACAAGAGCACCUGCUUCUGUUCCGGAGACCUCGACCAUAAGGUGCCUUGGUGGAUGCAACCCCGUCAGUAUUACAGUCGUGGCCUGA